CAACACGCUCUGCUGGGUCUUGGCAAGGACGUCCAGCUCAUCUAAUUGGGAACUUCUAGUUCCUGUUUUUGUUUACAAAGGACUGCACAAUCCUACGGGUUUAGCGCUUCCCCUUGAUUAUAAUGCUACUAAUAAUAAUGUUUACAAAGGAAUUCUUGAUCCCUAUUCUUUCAUGGCCCAGUUUUCAGCAACAGAUGUUACUCAUACAUCGGGAAGUCGGGUUCGAUACUACAUAAGCUGUCACUGGCUCUUAUAAACCCAACAAAAGAGUGGGACAUACGAUCAGUAUGAGAAGAAAAAUCGGUCAUUCUGUAAAAUCAGUAAAGAAAGCUAAAACUGUCUGUAAUGUAGCCAAUACUGGUCAUGAAGCAUCUCUCACUUUUUUCUCAGGAGUAAGAUGCUAUAUUCAUCCAGCAAACUUUGGUAUUAGGAGAUUAACUAUAUUUCAAAAUCAUAUUAGGAAAUAUGGAGGUGAAAUUGUAGAAAUACUGCCAUUGCCCUCUGAAGUAGUGUCACAUGUAAUUUUUGAAGAAUCAAUUGAUAAUGAAAAGUUGAAAUUAUUAAUUGACCCAUCCAAUUACCAUAACACUGCUUUUAUUAAAUGCACAUGGCUUGUGGAGUGUGUCAAAACAAAAGCAAAGAUUCAGACGAAAGAAUAUGAAAUAAUACCAGUUUUGGUCUCCACUGACACUCAUAAAAAUAAGACUAGUGCAGUGGCCAGUGAAGAUGGAAUAAAAAAUCCUGUACCUGAACAGCCAGAAAUAAAAAAUAAGGAUAAGUUAUUAAAUUACUUAGGAAAAAGCGAGAAAGACAGUGUCGGUGAUCAUGUAGUAAACACAUUGACCAAAAAAUUCACUCAUCAGAGAGCAAAUGUGAAUCCUGACGAUGUAAAGGAAGCAAAAAUAAAUCUAACUUCAGUCCCCUGUGACUUUAAAAACAGCAACUUGUAUAAUAAUGAAGUGUACAAGAAAGACAAUACCUCAGAAGAAGUGAAGACUCGAGAACCAGUUCACACAACAAGUAACAUAGACCAACAGAAUGACAAUAGUGAAAAUUAUCAGAGAUAUCAACAAGCUUCACAAUUUCCAGUUAAACUAUUACCUAGUAGAUUUAAGGAUAAAUUUGCCUGUUCCCAACCUUCAAGUAGUAAAGUAAACAAUCUCAAUACCCACAUAACUACUGAGCUUGAGAAACUGGAAGCAGUAUAUAAGAACAAGAAGGAUACGUGGAGAGCAAUGGGUUACCAGAAGGCAAUAUCUGCAAUUCGUAAUCAUCCUAGGGAGAUCAAAUCCAGAGAGGAAGCACUCAGUAUCCAUGGUGUUGGAGAAAGUUUGGCUGAUAAGGUCUCCGAGAUUAUUGAAAGUGGGAAACUCAGGAAGGUAGCCGAGGUGUGUGAAGGAGAGGAAGUCGAGACCCUCAAGCUUUUUAUGGGUGUGUGGGGAGCUGGGCCAACUACAGCACACAAUUGGUAUACUCAGGGUUUCAGAACUCUCGAAGAUUUACGCACGAAGGCUGCAUUAACACGUCACCAGCAGAUUGGCCUUGAGCAUUAUGAAGAUAUCAAUAGUCGAAUACCUCGAGAUGAAGUGACAGAAAUUGAAGAUUAUGUACGUUCAGCUGCUUUGGGUGUACAACAAGGGCUGACUGUCAUGGUGUGUGGGUCAUAUCGUAGAGGGAAACCAAGCUGUGGAGAUGUUGAUAUUCUUGUCACUCAUCCUGAUGGACACUCUCAUGAAAAUAUAUUUAAACCACUUCUUAAGUGUUUGAAAGAAACAGGGUUUAUUACAAAUGACCUUGUAACUAAGGAGGAUAAUGGGAAUCAGCAGAAGUAUUUAGGUGUAUGCAAGUUACCAGGAGAAGGUCGCAAGCAUAGGCGUUUAGAUGUGAUUGUGGUGCCAUAUGCAGAGUUUGCCCCAGCUGUUAUGUACUUCACAGGAUCUGCACAUUUUAAUAGAUCAAUGAGGCUACUAGCAACCAAAAUGGGCAUGAGUCUCUCUGAGCAUGGCCUUCGUGCAGGAAUUGUCAGACAGGGCCGAGAGAAGCUAACUGAUGGAUUUCUACUGGAGACUCCAACCGAAGAGUCUAUCUUUGCACACCUUGGACUAGAUUAUCGAACACCUGAGGAGAGAGAUCACUAAUAUCAAUAAGUAUAAGAUUUAAAUAUACUACACAAAAGCAAACCAAUGCUUAAGUAGGUGCACACCAACUUACACAUUUAGAUUAAGGCUGCACAACUGACUUUAUAAGAUAAUUUAUUACAAAAAAUUUACAGCCAUACACUGACUCAGGUUAUAAGAAAGCUAGUCAAAUUUACUGUUCCUAGUUAUGACCAAUCAGUAUCUUAUUUAUGAUAUAAAAGUUCUUAACUGUUUUACUAUAAGAUUAAUUUAUGAUUUUUAUGGAGAAAUGCUAAACCUAUAAACCAAUGCCUGGUAAAUAACCAGGUUUAAUCCAAGGAAGAGGUGCCAUAUUUUCAGAAAUUUGUAUUCAGACAAAUAUGACCUGUAUAUUUAAUACAUAUUAAUCUUUC